AGUCGCGUAAGGCACAGCUGCCUCUAACAGGCGCCUGGCAUCGGAUAUAUAGGUUUCGUGACGACGCACGAACAGCCUGUGGCUGUGGCCGAAGUCACGCGGCCGUGGACCGUGGGCAAGCGUCAGAGGAGCACAGAGGCCACCUCUACACGAAAGCUACAACUCAAGAGCGGCCGAAAGAGCGCCCGACCGAAGCUAUAAAGAAGCCAGAAAUACGAAAGAGCGCCAACCGAAACUAGCAAGCAGCCAGAAAUAAUGGCCGAGACGGGCGCCCGCAAGGCCCACCGCUGCGGAGACUGCGCCGGCUGCCGCCGGAGAAACGACGGCGGCUGCGGCCGCUGUUUGAUGUGCCUCAAGAAGCGGCACGGCUCGGACGCGCAGGGGCGCCAGUCCUGCGCGAACCACUGGUGCUCGCAGAUGCGCGCCUACGACGACAAGGGCCCCGUCCAGGGUUUGGCGGGCUGGAGCGUCAUCGCGAUCCCGCGCGUUGCGGAUGGCGAGGACUACUACUACCUCUCGCCGGAGGGGGGCCGCCUCCGGAGCCGCCACGAGGUCCUCAUCUACCUCAAGAUGUGCCCGACGCCGCCGCCGCCGCCGGGCUGGAACUGGGACGCGCCGCCGCUGCCGGCGCGGCCGACGCCGGCCGCGCCGCGGGGCUCGGCCGCGCACAAGGCGGCCCUCGUCGCGCGCGCGCCGACGGCGCCGCAGCUCGAGGCCGCGAAGGGCCUCUACGAGACCUGGGCCGCGCGCGCGGCGGAGAGCGGUUCCCCGCCCGCGCCCGCGCCCGCGCCCGCGCCGAGAGCGCCCGCGCCGAGAGCGCCCGCGCCGCGAGCGCCCGCGCCGAGCGCGCCCGCGCCGAGCGCGCCCGCGCCGAGAGCGCCGCCGCCGCGGUCAGCGCCCGCGCCGGCAAUGGCGCCGGCGCCGGCGCCCGCGAGCCGCGACGCCCGCGCGCGCGCCCGCCGCGACGACCGGGAGUUCGACGGCCUGAACGAGGCGAUCAGGCGGUCGAUGGAAGAGGUCGGGGCGCCGGCGCCGGCGCCGCCCGCGCCUCGAGACCGCAGCAUCGUGGGCCAGUCGCUCGGCCGCGACGAGGGCGGCCGCUUCCGGUGCCCGGCCGGCUGCCCGCGGACCUUCGCGCACGCGCCGGCGGCCGUGCAGCACGGCAGGUCGUGCGCGGCGGGCGGGCCACGCGACGCCGACGCCGAGGACGACGACGACGAUGACGAGGCCGAAGCGCCGAUCGCGCCGCCUGCAGCGCCUCGAGACGAAGAGACGCUCGAGCCGCGCGUCGACGGCGACUGGGAGGCCGCCGCGCGGAAGCUACUGCGGGAGGUCAAGGACGCAGUAGCGCGAAAAGGAAACACGGGGGGGCCCGGCAGCGCCUCCCUUGAGCAGCUCCGACCCAAGCUGACGAGCUAUGGCUUCAGCAACACCACCGACUCUUGGAGGUCGAGCUACGUCGCGCUCUCCGUACCAGCUCAUUUUCCCUCGACCGGCGAAGGACAGAAAAACAAGAUUCGCUCGAUCCCGAAUCUCGUACGCUACCUCACGCACGCGCUCGGCGAGGCCAGCGAGGACGAGGAGGACGAGGACGAUGACGACGACGAAAAUGACGAUGAUGAGCCCGAGGCGCCGACCGCGCCGCCUGCAGCCACGCCCGCGGCACCGACCGGCACGGCGCGGCGCGCGCUCGUGCUCCCGCGCGCCAUGGACCUCGCGACGCUCUCGGAGGGCCACCUCCGCGAGGAGGCAAAACGGCGCAAGCUGGGCCCCCUACCAUCGGACGGCAAACCCGAGCUGCUCGCGCUGCUGCGGGGCGAGGUAAGCCCGGGCGCGGACUUCCUCCCCCGCCUCAUCCGAACCGACUGGCGGCCCGGCGAGUGGUGCCUCGGCGUGUGGGACCACGACUGGACUAGGACCGCAGAAGGCAUCCCCAAGACGUGGUACGGCCUCGUGGUGAAGGCGAACGCCGACGGGACCCUGGUCGUCGCGUUCACGGACGACGACGACCAGGACGACGUCCGGCCGGGCGAGCUGCGGGCGCUGGACCGCUCGCUGACGGGCUGCUCGAAGGGCGUGCGCUGGGCGCGGGCGCGGCUCGAGGAGCACGGCACGGCGACGGCCGACGCGCUGGGCCGGAUCGUCGAGCCGCCGCGGCGCGGCGCGGCGCCGGCGCUCACAGGGCGCCGGGCGCCGGCGCCGGCGCCCCGGCCCGCCGCGCGGCAGCCGCGGCGCGCGGCGGCGCCCGCCGCGGCGCCGGCGCUGACGACGCGCGAGCCGGACGCGAACGGCCUGCGCUUCUACGACGCGAACGCCGUGCGCACGCCCAACAACCGCGCGCUGGAGGAGCGGAAGAUCGACGAGCUCUGGGACAAGUGGCACCGCCAGCUCAAGAUUACCAAUCAGGGCGUCGUGCACGGCCACGGCACGGUGGCGAAGGUGCGCCUGAUCGAGGGCCGCACGAUCGUCGACCCGACGGCGAUCUACAUGGAGGGCCCGCCGCCGGACAGGGACCAGGACGGCGGCGCGCGGAGCGAGCGCUUCCUGUACAUCAACGAGCGGAACCACCUGAAGAUCGGAUCCUACGCCGGCGAGCCCCGGGGCGCCUGGGCUUUAUCUUAUUUCGUCAAUGAGGCGCGCAACCAGGAACCGAACGCGAAGCGGACCAUCGAGCGGGCACUGCCGGGCACGUGCUCAGCCCUGACGAUGCUGCGCGACGUCUACCCCGGCGAAGAGAUUUGCGUGCGCUAUGUCGACGAGUCGUACGAGCAGGAGCGCGAGCGGCUGCGCCUCGAGCGGGGCACGCAGCGCUACCGGUACGUGUAUCCGCCCAAGACGGCCGGGGCGUCCUGGAACACGUGCGUCGGGAUCGAGGGCAAAUCCACGAGCGCCGGCACCUACCCCACGGAAGAGGCCGCGGCGCGCGCAAUCGACGCACUCCUGCUCGCCAAUGACAUGGCGGCCGUGAACUUCCCCGGCGAGGAGGCGGCGACGCAGGCGGCGUUCCCGCAAUUCUUCGCGCAGGACGAGCCGGCGUCGUCGGGCGGCGACGGCGAUGCCGCAGUCGAGCCGGACGCCGGCGACGAGCCGGCGCCGGCGGGCUCGGACACGGACGACGGCCCGCUGCCGGCGCCGGAAGAGUCCGACUCCGACGCCUCGGAUGCCGACGCGGCCGCGCGCCUCCGCGCCGAGCUCGUCGCGUUCCUGCCGGCCAACGCCGACUUCCUCGCGAACAUCGCGCCCUUCGCCGCGGCGCGCGCGUCCAGCCUCGCGGAGUUCGCGGCGCUGCCCGCCGAGGCGCUGCACGAAGUAUUUGAUGCGGCAGGGUGGAAGAUGCUGAAGGCGAACGCCCUCCGGCGGGCCCUGGCGCGCUACCGCGACGAGCACGCCGCGCCCGCUACCGACGCCGCGGACGAGGACGCCGGUGACGACGCUGACGACGCGCCUCCGCCCGCGCCCGCCGCGGCCGCGCCGGCGCCCGAGCCCGCCGCGCCGGCGCCGCCCGCUGCUCCUGCCGCGCCGGCACCUCCAGCCGCGCCCGCGGCGGCGCCGGCGCCCUCACCCGAGCCGGCCGCGGCGGCGCCCUUACCCGAGCCGGCCGCGGCGCCGGCGGCACCUGAGCCGGUGGCCGCGCCGUCGCGCGAGGAGCUCUCCGACAUCGACGAUGGCACGUUCUCGCACGUGCCAUCGUCCGCCGCGGCGCUCGAACGCGCCGAGAUCGAGGCGCAGGCCGCGCGCCAGGUCGCGGCCGCCGAGGCCCAGGCCAAGGCCGAAGCGGCGAGGGCCGAGGCCGAGGCCAAGGCCAGGGCCGAAGCGGAGGCCAGGGCCAAGGCCGAAGCGGAAAGCAACGCGGCGCUCCGCGCGAAAAUUGCGGAGCUGGAAAAAGUGGCGGCGGCGGCGAAGAUGAAAGGGAAAAAGUGGGAACCCGAGGAGGAUGAGGCGCUGCGCCGCGCCGUCGGCGAGUCGCGCGUGGGCUCUGGCCCGAUAAACUGGAAGAGUGUUUUCGAGAAAUUGCCCCCUCCGACAUCGCUGCGAGCCGAGUCGACUAUUAGGGAUCAUUGGACGAAAUUGCGCCAAAGAGAUAACGCUGCCGACGCGGUGACGCUGGACAUGAUGCGCGACAAGGCGGCGGCCGCGCGAGCUGACCAACCGCCGCCGCCGCCGCCCAAUGAGGAUCCGGCGCGGCCGCCGACGGACCCGGUCGUGCCGCAGCGUGCCGCGUGCCGCGUGGCGGGGUGCCGGGCUGCCGACCCGUGCCGAGCGUGCCGCGACGAGCACUUGAAUGGGCCGCCGCCGCCGCCGCCGUCGCUGCCGCCUGCGGAAGGUCCGUCGAGCCCGAGCGUGGCGCCGCCGCCCGGCGCUGCCGACGCUCCCGACCCCGAGGCCUCGUCCGACAACGUACCCGAUCAGAUGAGGGCCGCGGCGGACGGCUUCCGCCACGAGCCGCGGCGCGACGACACGGACGACGACGAGGACAUUGCGUGCCUUGCGUCGGCGCCGGCGCCGCGCGACGACGCGCCGCGACGAGCUCCGCCCGCGCCCGCGCCGCCGCCCGAGGCCGAAGCUCCAGCCGCGCCGCCCGUCGCGGACGCGCCGCCCCCGAAGCGCCGAAAGAAAAAGCAGACGAUAGGACCUGAGUCCCCGACGGCCGCAGCGCCUCCGCCGCCCGCUCCAGCACGGCCGGUCGCGGCGGCGGCCGACGAGUCCGACGCGGAUGAUGAGUGCCCGUGGCCGCGGGAGGGCGAUACCGUCGAAGUGGUCUGGACCAAGGGGACGACGCUUGAGAAUCCCUGAAAAGAGGGCAUCGAUCUGUGCAUUGUGAACUCGAUCGGUGACCCCAAACCACACAAGAAGCGCAAGGCAAGCGUGCCGGAGGACCGCGCCUACCACUGCUACGCGCAGCUGCAGUCGCUCAUCAGGCUCGCAGGUGACCAGAAGGACGAGUAUGAGUUCGUGCUACAGAGCGACCCGCGGCCCAAGCACAUCCACCUCAAGUACAAACUAGAUCUGGCCGAAAAAGGGCGGACGUGGCGCAUCCUCACGCCUGCACCCGCAACCGUCUCGUCGCCCAAGAAGCGACCGCGCGAGGAAGGAGGAAUAUAA